AUGGUGAACAACAGCGCUUUCGUCUUCCUCAAGCCGCUGGCGGUCACGGAGAAGAUGAAGGAGCUGGUCAAGAAGACCUUCGAGGAGAAGAACAUCAAGAUAGUGAAGGAGGGCUCGAUCGAAGCCGACACUAUCGACAAAAAACAGCUCAUCGACAAGCACUACUACGCUAUCGCAUCCAAGGCGACCCUGGUGACCCCGGACAAGCUGACGGUGCCCGCCGACAAGUUCAAGGGCCAGUUCGGUGUCGAGUGGGACGACGUGCUGAAGGAGGGCAAAGCGCUCAACGCAAAGGACGCCUGCGAGAAGUUCGAGGUUGACGCCGACGGUCUCAACACUAUGUGGGGAGCCGCGAAGAAGGCCGGCACGCUGGUGAAGCUCGGGGGAGGCUUCUACUGCGCCAAGCUGGAGAAGGACGGCAAGGGGCCCUUCUACGUCUUCAACGGUUUUUUCAUGACGAUGCGCUCCGGCUUCGUGAAGGAGGGGGCCUCCAUCUACUACUACGUCGUGGAGUGGGACCCGAAGGACCUCCCGUGGGCCGACUUUCGCGGCAAGGUGCUGGGGCCGACGGACCCGGCCGAUGCGCCGAAGGACUCCCUGCGCGGCGGGGCGCUGGCGGCCUGGGAGGAGCUCGGGCUGCCGUCCGCCCCGAACACGGGAGAGAACUGCUGCCACGCCAGUGCGUCCCCGUUCGAGGGGCUCGCCGAGCGGAUGAAUUGGCUUGGGUACAAGGCGGAGAAGGACGCGUUCGGCAAGGCGCUGCUGGCCGCAGGCGUGAAGCCCAAGACCAUCAAGGACUGGACCCUCGACCCGCAGGUGCAGUACGGGCCGAAGCUGUCUCCCGUCACGAAGUCCAUCUGGGACACGCUCGAGGACAUGGACUCGCAGGAGUGCCUCGACAAGUGCGCCGAGGUCGCGGCGUGGCGGCCGCUCCGGAAGCCGAAGUUCAUGAAGGUUGCCGACGAAGCAACGACGUUGCCCGAGGGGGGUCGCGGCGACAAGGUCUCGGAGGUGCAUGAGUGGUGGGCGAGGGUGAGGCUGCUGCUGAUCGCCGUGGCCAUGGUCCGCCUCGGAGAGGAUGACCAGGGAGUCGAAGUUCCCGCCGCGUCUCCGCUGGGGUGGCGGCAGACGCUGGGCCGCAAGACCAGGGGCCCAGCCAGUUGCCGCCGGCUCAAUCAAGGCAAGCUCAAGGCGGCGGCCGAGGGCGAGGCAAAGCAGCCUCUCGAGGCGGGGGCCGCAAGGCAGCGCGAGCAGGACGAGGGCGAGGGCUUCGGGGGGGCCAAUAUGUCAUUCCGCAGCCAAGCGUGCAACCAGAAGAGAUGGCGCCAGAAAAACAGCGACCCUUCUGCAACAUCGGUGAAAGAUCUUCGGGCAAAGGUUGCGCGUCGCUUGGGCUGGCCCGCGCGCGACCUUGAGCCGCGUGAAGCGGCGUUGGAAAAGUUCGCAGUCGAGUGGGCCGCCGAGGCCAACGUGGGGGCGCCGGGGGAAGUCCAGGGGGGCGCCGCGGACGACUUCAUGCCAGACGACAUCGUGGAAGCGUCGCAGCGGCCAGGGUCGACCGCGUCGGUGUCGAUGCCGACUCCCCACUGA